AGGGGAUGGAGUUUAUUGUGCAGAAUGCGGAGGCACUUUUUGACAGUCAUGUUAUGAUUACAUUAAGACAGUGACACAGCACUGACUGUCUUCGCCCAUCAAUCUCAGGCUGGAUUUAACUCAAUUUUCCUUUUUUUUUUUUUUUCCUGAAAGAUAAGUCUGCACCUCGUCGUUAUUCCUAUAACACUGCUUCCACUUUUCGUAUUCUGUUGCUAGCUAGCUAGCCGGAGGUCAACUUUUGUCGAGUCAGUCAGGCAACUUCGCCGUUGGUUUCAGUUGGAAAGGACUCCUUGUUGCACCAUGGCCCAAAACAACUCUUUCCCGGUGAAACUGUUCAUUUACGACCUGUCCGGGGGAAUGGCUCGCCAGCUGAGUCCUGUUAUGCUAGGGAGACAGUUGGACGGCAUAUGGCACACAGGUGUUGUUGUCCACGGAAAAGAGUUUUUCUUUGGUGGAGCAGGAAUCAACAACUGCCUACCUUGUGGCACUAUACUGGGCCAGCCGAACUCAAUAGUGGAUUUGGGUUACACCGAGGUGAAUGAAGAUUUGUUUCAGGAGUAUCUGGACUCGCUGGCUGAGUCAGAGUACAGAGGCGACAAGUAUAACAUGUUUGAGCACAACUGCAACACCUUCAGCAACGACGUGGUGCAGUUCCUCACCGGUAAAAAGAUCCCGUCGUACAUCACAGACCUUCCAUCUGAAAUACUCUCCACUCCGUUUGGCCAGGCCAUCCGGCCACUCUUGGACUCCAUGGCCGUGAAUCCAGGAGGAAACAACAUCACUGGACAGCGAUAAAUAAAGCUAUGCAUACAGAAGAACACACUUGAUAACCUUUGUGCCAGCAACCUCUGCUACCAGUCACAUUUGCAGCGAAGCUGCUGUCAUCAGGGCCCUUUACUCUACUUAAAAAAAAAAAAUCACCUUCAAGGUUUGUUUCUGCAUGUAAGUGUAUUGCUAGGACUACCUGCAAACGAAGCCUGUGGACAAAAAACAAACAAAAAAACAUUUUCACUCUUUACGUUAGCUUUUGUUCAUAAACUUACUUCCACUUGCUCAGCCAAAAAUCUGCAGAAUAUUUUUGAAAUUGUCUCAUUAAAGACGAGAUUUGUCGAGCAUUUCCUUAAGGUGCUUUGUUAGGUAGAGGUUUUAACAUCAAAAACUUUUAUAAAACAUCUUCCUGCCAUGUAUUGAACUUAAUCUAUAACCGGGAUUUAUCUUUCGAGUGCAGUACAAAGUUUCUGUUACUAAAUGUUGGCCUUUUUCUGUCUCUCUAAAUGGGUGAAACAUGGAUGUUGAGCUUACGAAUAAAAUAAAAUGUAAAAAAACUUAGCUAGCUUAGCUACACAGCUAGCUACGUAUCUAGCUAGCUACCGGGUCCACUUAAACACAUUGUGAAGAAGCAGUUUAAAAAUCAACUUUAUCUAAUGGUUUCCCUUUAGAGUUUAUGAGGACAGUUUGUUUUUUAGCUUCUUAUAAGUAUAAAUUAAAAAUCUAUGAAGUUCUUUACUGCUCAGGUUGUGGUAUUAUUUUCAUUUUAUUCCUAAAGCUCAAAUGCAAGGGUUACCCUCACUGGGGAAAAUAGCUUAGUCAAAACUGUUCUGCUGGCUUUUUAUAACAUUGUCUAGGAAACCUGUUUUUACCAAUUUUAAGGUAUCUUUAAAAUGUAUUUAAAAAGCACUUUAAAAAUCAGACAUCAUAUUUGAACCUCAUGUCAUUUAGUAACAUCGUUUUUUGCUUUUUUUUCUGAAAACUUCUGGACCAAUCUGCUACAUACCUCUGAUUUGCUACAUUUGGAUUUUUAUUAUUAGCACAUAAUGUUUUUAUGCACUAAGUACCAGAAUCAGGUAUUUGUACGAAGAGGCCUUAUCAAUGCAGUUGAAACAACAUCAAGUUCAUCUGAAGUAGUUUUUUCUUUUGGACUCUUGUUUAGAUCCUAAUCAUAGCUUUAAUUUUUCGAUUACGACUAUAAAUUGUGUGCAGGUCACUGUAAAUGAAAAAAAUAUAUAUAUUAAAGAUUAAGUAUACAAUACCUACAGAAGGCUGUAAGGAUGAAAAGAACAGGCUUUACAUGUUUUAUCUUAUUUAAAUGUUAUUAAUCCCAAUUUUAAGUGUGAAGUUGUGUAAGUGAAACGUAUUCUAAAAUGAUGCUAAAGUAUCUCUUUCGCAAUAUGGGUUUUGUUAAAUGUUUGAAAAUGAAGCUCUGAUUCUGAACUAUUAAAGUCUCUGCUAAAAGCU